CUCUUUUCAUUUUCUAGGGUUUAUCAGUUCGUCCCUCUCCUCUCAUUUCUCUGUAAAGUCAUCACCCACACAAUCAAGCCGCCGCAACAAUGGUGAAACCAAGGACCACAAGCAGAAACCCAGACCUGGUCAAAGGUAUCGGAAAAUUCAGCCGAUCAAAAAUGUACCACAAGAGAGGUUUAUGGGCUAUCAAGGCCAAAAACGGCGGCGUUUUCCCUACUCAUGCACCCAAGGCUGCUGCACCGGCGACGGCGGAGAAGACGGCCAAGUUUUACCCUGCCGACGAUGUUAAGAAGCCCUUGAUCAACAAGCGCAAGCCCAAACCCGCUAAGCUCAGGGCGAGUAUUACACCUGGGACAGUGUUGAUUGUGUUAGCUGGGAGGUUUAAGGGGAAAAGAGUUGUGUUCUUGAAACAACUUUCAUCCGGCUUACUUCUCAUUACUGGUCCCUUUAAGAUCAAUGGGGUCCCACUAAGGCGAUGCAACCAAGCUUAUGUCAUUGCUACUUCUACUAAAGUUGAUAUUUCCGGAGUGGAUGUUUCCAACAUUGACGACAAAUACUUUGCAAAGCAAGGUGAGCAGAAGAAAAAGAAGGGAGAAGGAGAAUUUUUCGAGGCAGAGAAAGAGGAGAAGAAUGUUCUUCCAGCAGAGAAGAAAGAGUCACAAAAGGCAGUUGAUGCUCCAUUAACCAAGAACAUUGAAGCCGUACCUGAGUUGAAGGCCUAUUUGGCAGCAAGGUUUUCAUUGAAGUCGGGCAUGAAACCUCACGAGCUUAUCUUUUAAUGGAGUAGCCUCUAAAUUUUGUUAGUUAAGACAACUUUUUUUAAAUGCUUAAAUUUUGAUUUCUAUGAUCAUGUAUUACGGUUUAGUCACCUUGUUUGUUAUCUUGGAUUGGUGUUGUUUAUGCUUCAGUAGGAAUCUGUGUUUGUUUUCAUGAUGAGAAUCCUCUGUUCUUAAAUUAUGUUUUUGGUGGUUUCCUCA